AUGGGUCGCAAACUCGGCCUCUUCAGGGCCGUUUACUUGGUCUCAGCUAGCUGCAUGGGUUCCUUUGCCUUUGCUUUCGACACUGGAAUCAUAAGUGGCGUCCUUUCUUUGACAUCGUUCCAGGAAGACUUUAACUACUCUCAUUUCACCAAAGCUCAGAAGACUACCGUCAAUUCCAACGCAGUCUCCAUCCUCCAGGGUGGUGCAUUUUUUGGAUGUUUCCUCAUUUCCCCAGUUGCCUCAUACCUCGGACGUCGCACGGGGCUUAUCAUAAGCUCUCUUGUGUUCACAUUAGGCACAAUCUUGCAAGUGAUCAAUACGGGUACCCUGGGGACUUUCUAUGCAGGUCGGGUCGUCGCUGGCUUCGGGAUAGGAGCAGCCACGGUUCUUAUCCCUAUUUACUCUGCAGAAAUGUCUCCCAAAGAGAUACGGGGUCGACUUGGUGCUUGCUUCCAACUAUUCUUUGCUCUCGGCGUCAUGAUCGCUUAUUGGACUACCUACGCCGUUUCAAAGGACCAGCCUAAUGGAACCAAUCAGUGGCAGACGGCACUAGGCCUUCAGCUUCUGGGUUCAACUUUGUUACUUGCCGGGAUGUGUACUGUUAAAGAGAGUGCCCGAUGGCUCGCUUCAAAGGGAAAGAUCGAACAAGCACGCGAAUCGCUCAAGUGGGUUCGUGGUGGAGAGGAAACAGAAGGACUCCAGAAAGAGUUUGAAGAGAUCUUAGCUGGCAUUGAAGAAGAGGCCCGCAUUUUCCAAGCGGUAGGAGCUGGUGGUUCAGCGAAACUUGUAACUGGUUUCUUUGGCCUCGUCAAAGUGUGCGGGGUUCUUAUAUUCCAGACUUUUGUGCUGGAUCGCAUCGGUCGCCGCGUCCCGUUUAUGGUGGGUGCCUUUGCAAUGGGUUCGUUCAUGCUGAUCAUUGCCAUCAUCCUGGCAACGCAUCCGGUCAACCCAAAUGCCACGAGUCCCACCUCAGCUGGUAUUGCCUGCAUUAUCAUGACCUAUGGAGAGGCAUUCAGUUACAACAUGUCUUGGGGUCCACUACCAUGGCUCUAUUUGGGGGAGAUCUUCUCCAGUCGAUCUCGAGAAAUAGGCGUUUCCGUCGGCGCUGCGUCUCAAUGGCUCUUCAAUUUCGUCAUGUCUCAGAUAACACCCCAUGCCAUAGACAACAUCGGGUGGCGCACGUUCUUAAUGUUUUCUAUCUUCAAUUAUGCUAUCAUUGGAUACUCCUGGCUUGUGUUGAAAGAAACAUCGCAACACUCCCUCGAAGAGAUGCAAGAAGUAUUUGGAGGACCGAAGCCUGCGGAGAAACACGUGGAAGAUGCGAAGCCGGUUGAAAGUCGCGUGGAGUCUGCACCUAAGCAGUAA